AUGUGCGGCAUAAGCGACAUUUUCGAUCGCGACGAAUUAUUCGCUGAAGACGGACCGUUAUCCGAGUGCCAUAAAUGGAUGAGUACGGUAGAGGGUGUCAUAACGAAACUUAGCCAAGGAACGGCUGAGCAGAACGACUGCCUACAGCAGAGAUUCUUGCAGAUGCUCGGUGGAAUGCUCAACUCCUGUUACCAGCAAAAAACAGGCAGUUCGUGGACAUUACCCGAUUACGACCGAAACUUCAACAGCUACCGCACAGAAGAGUCUCUGCAAAAUGCUGACAUGGACGAAGGGGUGAGGCAAUUGCUCAUUACAUUGCGUCCAUGCCCUGCCGACAGAGUGAGGAUUCGUAAACCGUGGGAAGGUGGUGCAAAAUUUGUCUAUUCUUCCAAUGGCAUCGAAUGCCUGAUGAUUCGUUGUCGUCCAGUUUCGAAGUGCGUCUUCAAACAUGCAUUGCCCUUCAACGUGUACAUCGUCCCGGACUACAGGCCAACUGCAUUCACCUCUUUUGUGGACAACGCAGUUCCAAUAAUGGCGCUCGAUCGGUCGAUGUCUGACAAACUGACUUUGGCCAAAAAGGCGGUGUUUUCUGACGUUGCUAAGCGCGACUGUGUGGACGCUGUGGAUGCCGCGACUGGUGGUUUGCUACUGAAUUUGGAAGCCGCUUUAAUGACGUGUCUGAAUUUGGAACAGAAGAAAGCGAUUAGCAGACUUGCUGAUAUAGGUUGUGGCAAAAAGACAAUUUUCAACGAAGGGUACAAGUCGAAGCUGGAUUUUGCCAUGACCUUCGUGAUGGCCGCUGUGCACGUCUAUAAGGACCGCGUUAUGCGAUUCUGUCUGGCUGAAUGUCCGGUCGACUGA